UAUGUAUUAAGAUGUCUGAUACGAGUCAGAUAAACAAGUGAUAGAAAUGUUCGGUGUUAUUUAAGUUAGCUUCUCUUUCGAGUUUCCCGUUCCACCUUAAAUGCUGCAGCGGUUACAUCCUACCGCUUCACCAUUUAAGGUGGAAUGGGAAAAUUCGAAGAAGAAGCUGGCAAAUAAGAAGCCAACGACGGCCUAGUGUGAUAUAACAAGAGCGAGUGUUUUAGAAAUAGUUGUUAUAUGUUGUUAUUUCGUGGUUAUUUAAAUUAUUUUUGAUGUUUUACACUAUCCGAGCUCUUUACUCUUAAGAAUGAAGCAGGAAUAUCAAGACCUCAUCUUGCAAGCCUCUUCUGCUGAGAGCCUACAGAUCGGGGCCAAGAUUCAGACCCUGUGGAGCGGCUACGGUCAGAUAGUGAGGGUCCACUUGCAAGGCUGCGACCGGCCAUCUGUAGUGGUCAAACAUGUGAUGUUCCCUCAGGAGUCUAAACACCAUCCAGGAGGCUGGAACACGGACAUCUCUCACCAGCGCAAGGUCAGGUCCUACCAGGUUGAAACUCACUGGUACCAGAACUACAGCACCAAUGAGCACUGCCGGAUCCCUGAAUGUCUCGCGGCGCAGUCGUAUGGUGACGAGCAACUGAUUGUUCUAGAAGAUCUGGAUGCUGCUGGUUUUCCGGAAAGGAGAAGCAGCGUACGGGAUGCAGAGAUAAAAGCAUGUCUCCGAUGGCUCGCCAACUUCCACGGCCUGUUCCUGGACGUGUCUCCACAGGGUCUUUGGCCGGUGGGAACAUACUGGCACUUGGAGACUCGUCCGGACGAGCUGGAGGCCAUGGGAGAUCAGAAGCUGAAGGCGGCUGCAGGAGAGAUCGACGCAGUGCUGAACCGCUGCCGCUUUAAGACCAUUUUACACGGAGACGCCAAACUGGCCAACUUCUGCUUCUCUAAGGACGGCACACACGUGGCUGCCGUGGACUUCCAGUACGUCGGGGGAGGCUGUGGCAUGAAGGACGUGAUCUAUUUCCUUGGGAGCUGCAUGGAUGAGCGAGCGUGUGAGAAGAAAGUGCCAAGCUACCUGGACUUCUACUUCUCAGAGCUGAGAAGCGCCAUGAGCGAGAGGGUGAAUUUCACGGAGCUGGAGGAGGAAUGGCGAGGUCUGUUCGCCUUCGCGUGGACCGACUUUCACCGCUUUCUUCUCGGCUGGAUGCCGGGACACCACAAGGUCAACAAGUACAGCAAGAGGCUUGCACAGGACGUCCUCAGAAAACUCAGUCAGAGUUCAGACAGAGGGAAGUGAAGCAGCAACCACCUCUACUAGAACAUUUUAACUUUCACAAAGUGAAAAAUGUCUCCCUCCCAAGUUCUUUUACACUUUUAAAGUGACCUCAUGUCUCAUUGACAAUCAUGGUUCUCUAAAGAACCACCCAUUAAAAGGGUUUUAAAAGUGUCGUCAUGCUUGUGAUGCUAUUAAAAAAACAUUCUAACCUCACAAAACUAUAAUAAACUGUAGGAACACUAAAACCUGCAACAGAUGUAUUAUCUAAGAGUUUGUUAAUGGCUGUUAAUAGUUAUAUAAUGGUUACAUGUUCCUUAAUAAACAGUUUAGUUUAAAUUAGUAGCCCUUAUGACUUACAAAUAAUCAAUCAUCAUUUGGAAUAAAAAAAAAAAACCUUAAUCAUUCAUUAUAUUUUGCUUAAUUAAUUUGUAAUGUAGUUUUUUAAAAUACUCAUAACUUGAAAUAUUUAGCUUUUACUUAAUUGAAAUGGCAAAAAUUCAAAAUCAGUUUGUAAAACUGCUUAAUAAUGUUUUAAAUUAAAAUAAUCUUGCUCAUUUGUGAUGCGUAACUUGUAACACGUAGUUAAUCACUAAGUGGUGGAUGUACUUUUUAAACAAAAGUGAUCAUUAAUUGGAACUCUAUAUAUAGUGCAGGAAUUUGUAUAUAAAGAUAUAUUGUACUUUAUUAAAUGCAUUUACAGUGCUUUUAUUAUUUGCAGGUCACUAAGGAAAUGGUUAAUAGUUCAAAUGAUAGCACUUAUUAAUGGACAAAACAUAUAGAAUUAUUAACUGCCAUUAACAAACUAUUAGAUACAUUUCUAUUCAUAAAGUUAUAUUUAUUUCACCUUUCAUAGAUAUGGUGCAUUUUGAUGUGCUAAGAAAUGAAUAAAAGAUAAAAAAAUAACCGUAGUCAUUCAUACAUAUACUUGGAAUAUCAAAAAACCACUGAAGAACUGUUUUAGGUUUGUUUUGACCAAUCAAAUUUCAAUUUCUUGAAUCAAUUGAAAACACAAAGAAACUCAGCUAGAGCUGUGAUUGGUCAGGAUGGUUGCAGUACAAUGCUGUGAUUGGCCAGAGGCCUUAUUUACAUAUUGUAAAGUAUUCUGCAAUAUUAGUAUUGCACUAAUAGUUAACAAACGCUAAAUUUUGAAGUCCUGACCAUCAUCACUGUGUUGAAAAGACACUGGAGUAACACUGAGGACUGUAUUACUAUACUUUAUUUAAUAACGUUCACUGUGACUCAUAAGAAUCACUGUGUUUUAUUUGUGGUGCGUACUGCACAAAUAAAGCUAUUUUAAAAGUGGCAAUAUUUAAAAAUUUUAAUAAAACAGACAUGAUGUGCAUUUUCAUACCUGCAAA